AUGCCUUGCUCUGGCGGCGUCGACGUGCACUUCCUGAACCCCGACAGCGGCUUCUUCCUGCGGCCGGAGGACAGCCUGGGCGCGCCCCUGGCCACGGGCGUGGGCGGCGGCGACGGCGGCGUGCUGGACGUGAAGCGCUUCACAGUGCUGGACCCGACGCGGCCCACGCUCAUCCGCGCCAAGUACGGCCCCUUCAGCACCAAGCAGACCGUGCCGGCGCGCUACGUGCUGCCGGAAUUCCAGGACGAGGAGGAGGCCAACGUGACGGAGGCCGACCUGCUGGGGCGCCACCUGCCGCCCGUGCCGCACCAGCUGGAGGUGUCCGCCCACCUGGUCAACACGGAGGUCACGCGCGCGCACCCCGCCCUCAGGGUGCUCGUGCACGGCGCCGGCGCCCGCGGGCACCACUCCCCGCACGUGUGCGUCACCGUGAUCGCCCGACGGAGGAACGACGCCCUCUCCGCCUCGUGCACGCCCACGGGCGCCAAGGAGACGGGCGGCGAUGCCACGUGCCUCGUGACGAUGGCGGUGCCGGCGCGCUGGUGGCCGCCGCACACGCGCGCCACCUUCAAGCUCCCGCGCGUGGCCGUGCAGGUGUCGUACCUGGUGGGCACGGCGGCCGGCCCCAAGGAGUGCGCCGUGCGCGACGCGGGCGGCCCCAACCAGGGCGGCCCCAGGGUCACGGUGCAGCCCGAGACGCCCGUGGGCGAGGUCAUCCUCACGCUCGACCCGCACGGCUACGACGAGCUCUCGUCCGACCCGCUCGUGCACGUGCUGGUCCCGCGCGCGCCGCUGCACCCUGCAACCACCAUCCACGCGCCGCUCUACUUGCACCCGCCGGGGAACCUGCCGGCGCUCGUGCUCGUCCUCAGGUGCAAGGUCCGGGGCGCCGUUCGCGUCGCGGGCGUGGAGGCAGCCUCUUCAGCGUGGAACCUGACGGUGGAAGUGAACUCACGAAGGAGCACCGCCACGGUCACUGCUAUGUUGUCUGAACCGCCCACCAAUGACACACUGCACAAUCUUGGCCUCCACGAAGUCCUGUCCUGGGUGCUGGAAGUCCCCGACGACGCUGUGGCCGGCGAGGCGAGGGUGACGUGGCUCCUCCGCUACCACAUGGACGCCCACCACCACGAGACGUUUUCGGUGCAGGACAACAGGAAGAUGACGACUCGGCUGGCCAUCCUCAAGGACGAGAUACAGGCCGUGCUGCCCAUCGCGAAGAGCUGGUCGGUGGUCAACACAGCUGUGCUUACGGGUCGACAGGUGUCAAGGGCGAUGAAAGUUCUUAUCGUGUCCCAAGCAGGAAAGGUUGCAGAUGUCACCUUGCAGUCUUCAUGCAACUGCACUGAUAAAGCAGCACUAAAGGUAUCCGCCUCCUGUACUUCGGUCUACAUGGACGGCUCGGAAGUCCGCGGGAGCCACAACGCGACGGUGAUCGCCCGUUACGGCGAGCGGUCCGGCGUCGCCUCCUUCACCGUCUGGAUGCCCGAGCUGCCCCUCACCGUGCACGUUGGGGACACCAAGCUGUCGCAGGUGAGGGGGUGGCGCGCCCCUGACCCCGCCUCCCCAGGGGCCUUCGCGCUCAAGAUGCCUGCGGGAGGAGGAGCGGCCAGCGACGAGGACCUGUCCCUGGCGCCGCAGGAGGACCCCGCUUCGCCCCCCGCCUCCGCGUCCUCGUACUCGGGGGCGUGUUCCGUGCGCUAUCAGCAGACGCCAGUGCAGGUCUACGGCCGCUUUGUCGCCGUGGACGACAACAGCGGCCGCCACUCGUACCUGCUGUCGCGGCGAGCACAGGUGCGCGUGACGGAGCUGGUGGCGCACCUGCUCCGCGUCGCCGACACUUCCGUGGCGAUCCUCAACCACACCACGCUCAUGGGACGCUCGCCGGGGCGCACCGAGGUCCAGGUCCUCUCCCCAAUCAGUGGGCGCGUGAUCGGCACCCGCGAAGUGAGGGUGGGAUCUGAUAAGGUGUGGGUGACCAAGUUACGGGCGGCUGUUAUCUCUGGCCUGACCUUGUCUCUGCAGCCCGACGCCCAUUUGCCCGACGGAUAUUCUGCCAUCACAGCGGUCACGCCCGUGCUCACGGCUAAGUAUCAGGAGGGCCUCGUGGACGUGUGGGUGGAGAUGAGCGACAGCGUCGUCAUGCCCCUGAAGGAGGUCCCUGCCAACCACUACGUCCUUCGGGUCCGGUCCCUCGAUCCAGGGGUCGUGGCCGUCGCCCCUUCGCCCAGGACCGCCCAGCCGAGGAUCAUUGCCAUUGGCCACGGCGAGGGGGAUCUGCUGGAGGUGAGCCUCGAAGUAGCCGACGAGUGCGAGAGGCGAAGGUCGUCCUUGGCCAACACGAACGUCCACGUCAAGGUCGACCUCGGCACGACUCCCCCUCCCCCCCCGAUCGACCCCGAGGAGGAGGACGACGUCGACCUUCACGAGAACAUCCCCGACGAUCCGACGCACCACAAGCUUAAGGUUCACGUGUCGGAGCUGCCGCACGCGGACGCCGCCGCGCCGCAGAACCACCUGAUGCUGAUGGCGGAGCAGCCGCAGCAGCCCACUCUCCAGAUGCGGCUGCACCCGCCGCGCCACGGGGGCCCCACGCCCCUCGAGGUGGGCAUGUACGUCCUCCUGGCCGUCUUCGGCGCCGCCCUCGUGGUGUUCGCCGCCUCCUGCGUCGUGUACACGUGGCGCGUGCGCGUCGGCAAGCCCAUGCUGGCGCCGCACCAGCUGCACGGCGCCCGCACCGCCCUCCACAACCACCACGACUCCGUCACCAACGCCCACGACUGGGUGUGGCUCGGCCGCGCCACCCUCGAGCGCGCCUCGGGCAUCAGCCUGUCCCCGCCCGCGUCCCAGUCAGGGCCCGGCCUCGUGCCCCUCAGCGACCUCAACGGCAACAGCCAGCAGCAGCAGCUCCAGCAGCAGCAGCAGGAGCAGCAGUCCGCCUGGCUGGAGUACCACCGGCUGUCGCGCGGGCUGGAGCGCAGCGCGGCGCCCGUCAACAUCACGGAGAACCCCGGCGCCGACGAGGAGGAGAGCGAGCUCACGCACUCGUCGCGCCUCACCGGCUCGUCCACCUUCACGCGCCCCCCCCGUAACGGGCGCCGCGUCACCUUCAACAACCUGGGCGACGACGCGGCCGCCUCCAGUAGCGAGGAGGAGCGGCCGCCCGUGCCGCCGCACCGCAACAUCGGCGUGUCGGCCAACGGCAACCCCGACGGGCCCGACGGCCGCCUGCACGACCCGCGCGCGCGCCAUGACGACGCCAACCCGCCGCCCGUGCCGCCCCACGGCGUCAACGUGAUCGCCAACCCGCUGGAGGACCACCGCCGCCCCCUGGACGCCGACAAGGACGACAGCGCCCUCGCAGACCCUAAGUUCGUGGAAGUGAACGCCGACGACUUCGUGCGGCUGCGCGGCGUGUGUCGCGGCCGCGCGGCGCAGGUGCGGCGGGCGACCAUCCUGGAGAACCCGCUGCUGUCGUCCGCCCUGCCCGACAACUUCAGCGUCACCGACCACCUCGAGAACCUCCCGCCCUCCAUGGACUACGACCAGAUCAUGGAGUACUUCUCCAACCUCAAGGAGUCCAACGCCUGA